CACAAGUCAUUUGGAAAGAGGGAACCUCAAUUAAGAAGAUGCUUCCAUCAGAUUCGCCUGUAGGGAUGUCUGUAGGGCAAUUUCUUGAUGGUUGGUGUGAGCAGUGCCACCUGUGGGCAAGUGAACCUGAGCUGUAUGAAGAAACUGGCUACAGCAAGCCUUGGGGAGCAAGCCAGUAGGCAAUGUUCCUCCAUGAUCUCAGCUUCAGUUCCUGGCUUGAGAUUUGUAAGGUGAAAUAAACCCUUUGCUCCCUCAGGUUGCUUUUGGUUAGUGUUUUAUCAUAGCAAUAGAAUGCUGAACUAAGUUGAUUGUAUUUAUUGUGAAAGUCAGUUUUGAAAUUGGGUCAGCUGAUGUGAAGGUACAGUAGGAAACUAUAUUACGCCCUGAGUUUCUUUGCUUGUUUGCUUGCUUUUAAGAAAAUUAUUUGUCAGGGGAUGCAUGCCACAGCACACCUGUGGAGGUCAGAAGACAACUCUAGGGCCUGGGUUGUCUCUUUCCUGGGAUCUACCUAUUUAACAACAAAAGCUUGUGCAACAAACACUACCCAGUGAACCAUCUCCAUCCUCACUAUGUAGCCAAGGGUAGCCUGGAAUUGACUAUGUAGGUCAGGCUGGAUUCAAACUCAUGAUCCUCCUGCCACUGUCUCCCCCCACCUCCCCCCUUUAUAGGAUUACUAUUAUGCUAGACUUACAUCUUGAAUUUCAGCCUUGUAGAUUCUGUAUAUCUUUAUGACCCAGAGAUGAAUAUUUGAGAUACAGGUUCUAGUUUAAAGUGAAUAACAAUUGGGAUCGUGAGUCAAACCCCCAAAGCUUGUUUUUCCUAAUUACAUCUUGUUAUUUAAAACACUCAAGUCUCAAGUUUCCUAGAGGCAACCAUCCAAGUCCAGUUACUCCCAGUAAACACACACAUGGAUUCUUCUCAUCCCAUAGGUAUCCAGAGAGAAUAUCCUAGGAGUCAGUCUCUGCAUAGGCUUUAUUCAGGUUUUGCCUGGCCAAAUUUGUGCUGCUGAGAAGCAACCUAAACCACUUUCACAAGAAAGGCAUUAUUUCUGAUUUUUAGCAGGUGGUUGACAUACUCACUCUGUCUCUCUGACGCCAGUACUUUAUCCCUGUGUAUACAAAAGGUGUCAAGGGGGAAAGUAAUAGAACUCAAGGGGUGGAGCCUCUGCCCUUGUAAGGGAAACUACAAUCCUUUAAUGCGCCUGCGAGGCUCCCACGCCCUGGGAAAGGUUCCUAUCGAUUUGCUCUGUGCUCCGCAGUUCUUUCUGGUUGCAGGCAGCCAUCUUGCCUGGAGCUUGAGACAGGGAGCAGAGAAGGAACCGGUGCCACCGGGCUCAGGGCCGCCCUGGGGGCCUCAAGAACCAGGGGCAGCCCCGGAGGUGGUCCUGAGUCCUGGGCUAUGCUCUAGGACCAGAAUAGGAGAGGCAUAGGGCUUGAUGGGUGGGGAAUGUCAAACAAGACUUGCUAGGUGGGGGAGGGGCGUUGCUAAGGCAACUGGGGAGGGCGGGGUCAUGUCUGAAUUGCUGCUGUGAGUCACCGGAGCACUGCCCAGGAAAGGCAGGGCUGGGGUGAUGAUCAUGCUAGCGACCCAGUGGGAUUUCGCGACAUCACCUGUGUGGAGGGACUUCGUGUCUAUGACAACUGUCACCUGGUGGAAGGGGCGGAACUAGAUUUCCUCUGCCUGGGACGCCGGCGUUCCAAGCCCUUGCCCUGCAGGUUCCCGCAGGCAGACGCGCUAUAGAAGGAAGCCAGGGAAUGGCCGCGGUGUGGCAGCAAGUCUUAGCAGUGGACGCGAGAAUUACCCCCACUACAGUGCCAGGAGGAAUCCCCCUUUACCACUGGUACAACGCCUACCGCACACCAACGUUUCCACAGUUUCGGACCCAGUAUAUUCGCCGGCGCAGCCAGCUGCUUCGGGAGAAUGCCAAGGCUGGGCACCCCCCAGCACUGCGUCGGCAGUACCUGAGGCUACGAGGCCAGCUAUUGGGUCAGCGCUACGGGCCACUGUCUGAGCCAGGAAGUGCUCGUGCCUAUAGCAACAGCAUUGUCCGAAGCAGCCGCACUACACUUGACCGAAUGGAGGACUUUGAAGAUGAUCCUCGAGCCCUGGGGGCAAGAGGACACCGCCGUUCUGUCAGCCGAGGCUCCUACCAGCUGCAGGCACAAAUGAACCGUGCAGUCUAUGAGGACAGGCCUCCCGGCAGUGUGGUACCCACAUCGGUGGCAGAGGCAAGUCGGGCCAUGGCCGGGGACACAUCGCUGAGUGAAAACUAUGCCUUUGCAGGCAUGUACCAUGUUUUUGAUCAGCACGUGGAUGAGGCAGUCCCAAGGGUGCGCUUCGCCAAUGACGACCGGCACCGCCUGGCCUGCUGCUCAUUGGACGGCAGCAUCUCCCUGUGCCAGCUGGUGCCUGCCCCACCCACUGUGCUUCAUGUGCUACGAGGCCACACGCGUGGCGUCUCCGACUUCGCCUGGUCCCUCUCCAAUGACAUCCUCGUGUCCACCUCCCUCGAUGCCACCAUGCGUAUCUGGGCCUCCGAGGACGGCCGCUGCAUCCGUGAGAUCCCUGACCCUGAUGGCGCUGAACUGCUGUGCUGCACCUUCCAGCCCGUCAACAACAACCUCACUGUGGUCAGGCUCCAGGACACCUGCUCACCAAGGGUGGGGAAUGCCAAGAACAACGUGCAUGUCAUGAACAUCUCCACAGGCAAGAAAGUGAAGGGUGGCUCCAGCAAGCUGACAGGCCGUGUCCUUGCCCUGUCUUUUGAUGCCCCUGGCCGGCUUCUCUGGGCAGGUGAUGACCGUGGCAGCAUCUUCUCCUUUCUCUUUGACAUGGCCACAGGGAAACUGACCAAAGCCAAGCGACUAGUAGUACAUGAGGGCAGCCCUAUAACCAGCAUCUCCGCCCGGUCCUGGGUCAGCCGUGAAGCACGGGACCCUUCACUGCUCAUCAAUGCCUGCCUCAACAAACUGCUGCUCUACAGAGUGGUGGACAACGAAGGGACGCUGCAACUGAAGAGAAGCUUCCCCAUUGAGCAGAGCUCACAUCCCGUGCGAAGUAUCUUCUGCCCCCUCAUGUCCUUUCGCCAGGGGGCCUGUGUGGUGACAGGCAGUGAGGAUAUGUGCGUUCACUUCUUUGAUGUGGAGCGGGCGGCCAAGGCUGCUGUCAAUAAGCUGCAGGGCCACAGUGCACCUGUGCUUGAUGUCAGCUUCAACUGCGACGAGAGCCUGCUGGCCUCCAGUGACGCCAGUGGCAUGGUCAUCGUCUGGAGACGAGAGCAAAAGUAGGGCUUUGCCAGCCCAGCACUGAGCAUUGCUCUCUUCUCUCACUCCAGUCUUGUCUUGUAAAUAAAAUUUCUGUGGCUGUGUUGAGUGGCAUCACCAAGGUCUCCCACAAGGGGGCACUAGGGAGCACUGAGCCCUCCAGUGGAACAGGGACCACUUCCUCAAUUGUGCAGUAAUGUGUUCCUCCAUUCAACAAGUGCUGAGUAUCUGCUGUGAUGUAGUUGUGCAGUCGGUAGACAGGAAUGAGAGCACCAACUGUGUUGUCAGGAACUGUUCUGAAAAAGAGAGAUACUGCUGUGGCCUCAACCAACAGAAAUUUCUGCCCUUGUGUCCUUGUAUCAGAGGGGAGGCAAGCAACGGUAGACAAAGAAGUACAGCCAUUCCUUGGAGUAUAAUUUGCUUUAUCUUUUGUCAACUUUUUGACCCUAUCGUGCUACAGAACCACACAUACACCCAGUCUUGUUUUUCUCCUUUCAGUAUGGUGUUGAGUAAACUAACAUGAGCUAGUCAACAUUUUGUUCUAAAAUAGACUUUUCAUUAGGUAAGUUUGCCUACCUGUAGAAUCAUGUCAGUGCUCUGAGCACAUUUAAGGUAGGUGGGGUAAGCUAGGGUGUUUGGUAGGUUAGGGACAUGAAUGCAUUUUCAAUAUGAUAGUUGCAGUUAAGACAGAUUGGUUGGGGUAUAAGCCUAUUUAAUCGAGAAGCAUCUGUAUAUAAUAGGAUAGUUAAAGAGGAGCUGUGUGAAGAAAAACAGAGGGAGGGAAGGAGAUGAGGUUGCAGGAAUAAGGAGGGGGUGGUAGCUUCUUUUGGCAAUGUCACCAGGAAAAGUGUUCCUGAGAGGAUGACAUUUUAAAGAUCUGAAUGAAAUGAGGGAAGUCAUAGUGUGGGGGUAGAAAAGCACCCUCAACAGAAAGAGAGUGACUGAGGGCAGAGGCACUGAGCCUGGGGUGUGACUGACACAUGACAUGACAUGACAUAGGUCUUUAGCCCUUCUUGGACCAAGGUAAGGAGUUUGGCCUCUCCUGAAUGAAGAGAGGCUGGGGUGUAGGAUCAGACAGCAAUAGAGAAAUUAGGGAGUAAUGUUGAGUUCAACCCCAGGGAUUUCAUCAGAUUAGGCUGUAAAACUCCCCAACCUGACACUUAUCUAUGCAUUGAGAUGUGGCCCCCAAACAGAGCAGAAGUGUUGAGUUCUUGGAGUUCUAGAUUGGCAUGCAGGCAGCCAUGGACUUGGGCUGAACUACAGAUGCUGCUGUGGGGAGGAAGAAAUAGAAAAUCUAUAAGCUUACCUACCCCCAUAUCCUUCCAUGUCCAUCCAGGGCUCUGAUUUAAGCCCUGGACCAGCUCAGAGACCAAGUACUAAUGUUUAUUAUUGGGUGUCAGCAAGGAAAUAAGUUCCAAAAUCAUUGCCAGUAUUUAGAAUCAUGAAGAAAUUUCAGUUUAAAGAAUCACCAGGGGCCCUUACAGCUAAUCCCACAGAUCCAUAUGCUGCUGCAUUUGCAUCAGUUGGAACUUCGGCUAGUAUCUUGGGAUUUCAGUCACCAACCUGGUAGCACGGUGUUGCUGAGGUGUGGAACUAACAGCAGCUCUUUGAGGGAAGAAGCUAAUUCCCUGUUUGUUUAAUCUUAUAACAGUGUGAUCACUUGCAGCCAAAAGCGUUUCUGGCUCCAUCAGACAGAUCUUAAGCAAAUGGUUAUGAGAUAAGGAUAUCAGUGAGCUGGAGUGGUCAUGUUGUCCAAAUCAUGGAUGUGUGCCAACAUUCCUAAUCCAGCUUCAGGGUCAGUGACUUCCUGUGAGGACUGUGACAAUAGACCUGAAAGAUACAGUGAAGGCUACCAGACACCCAGUAAAUGCUAAUCUUUAAAGAGACCCUCCCAAGGAUAGCAGCUCAGAGCUGUGCAGUGACUCUUUUCUGUUCCAAAUAGGUAUACGGUUUCAACCAAGGUCUAUAGGUAGCAAGAUAAUUUAGGGAAAUACCACUUUUCUCUAACUUCCUUCUUUACUUCACGCUCUUUAAUGUUUUCUUUAAUGAGUCUGGUUCUAGGAUGAUUGAUGAUGAAUAUUGUUUGCAUGAUUUUGGGGGUUUCCUCCUUGUAAAAUUUUUGAGGUGGCAGAGUGGACAGUCUACUUUAAAUUCAUCUUGGUGACACUUUUGACUUACAACCUAAAGGAAACUAAACACUGAGCAAGCAAGAAAGAAUAAAAACUAAUGUUAUUGGUCAAA